AUGACUUGUUCUUUCCGGAACAUACGAUUUACGUUCGCUAAAUGUGUGUCGGGUGCAUCUUGGGAUAAGUUAUCAUUCGUUAAAUUUACUUGUUUUAUAAUGGAUCUUUGGCUUAAAACAGGUGUUUUGAAGAAAACAGCGAUUUCAGCUACAGAUGCAGAAAUGCAGGGAUCUAACUCCAACAGUAUUUGUCUGAAUCGAGUAUUGUUUUUAGCAAUAUGGAAAAAGAAAAUAGGGAAAUAGCUCACACUGAAGACACAGAAUUGCAGAUAUUGAGAAAAUCCGAGUCUGUUGCGAGUGUACUAACAUCAGCUGAAGUAAUUGAUUGUCAAACAUCUGGUCCAUCAAAGAUGAGUAUUUGUGAGAGAAAAACUGCAAAACGAAAAUACCAUGAUUCUUAUCUGGAUAUAGGAUUCAUUGAAACCAACGACAAUAAACCACAAUGUGUAAUAUGCGGUAAAGUGUUACCCAACAGUGCUAUGUUUCCAGCGAAAAUGCGACGACAUUUGGAAGGAGUUCAUCCUGAAGUAAAGACAAACCGAAUGAUUUUUUUCAAAGAAAAUCCAGUGAAUUAAAAAAUACACAAAAAAGUAUAACUUUUCAUGCACAGGCACUGAACGAAAGGUCGUUAAAAGCAUCCUACUUAGUUAGUUACCGAAUCGCUAAAGCAGCAAGCCUCAUGUUAUUGCUGAAACUUUAAUCAAGCCUUGCGUCAAAGAUAUAGUUGAAACUAUGAUGGAUGAAAAGGAUGUGAAACUAGUUACUACAGUUCCACUAUCAAAUAACACUAUUUCUAGGCGCAUUGUAGAAAUGGCUGAUGACGUAAAAAACACUUUAAUUUCUCGAAUAAAAGGUAGUUCCUUUUCGCUACAGCUUGAUGAAUCGACAGAUGUGGCUGGAUUGGCUGUAUUGAUAGUUUUUGUUCGCUUCCAAUUUGGCAACUCUUUUCAAGAUUUGCUUUUUUGCAAGCCACUACCA